AUGUCCAGCGCUAUGACGCAUCCAUUGGAACGUGUGCUUACGUCUAUGGACGAUGUUGGCGAGGCUUACGUUGCAUGGAAUGCUGUUUCACCUGCUUGGCGAGCAGGGCCAGAGCUUGCAUGGCGCCAUGGCACCUACGUACCGACAGAAGCAGCCAUUAUACGCACAUGCACGCCCGUUCUGUAUGAGAUUCAUGCCUCCUAUGCAGCAGCGCCGUUGUGUGGCCUUGCAUCGUUUCGUAACGUGGUUAGUGCUGAGCUCUCAUUCGUGCAAGCCACCGACAGUCCACAGAACAAUGCUUCGUUUCUACUGACAUUUUGGAAUGAGGUGCUUUAUGCACUUGCCUACAUGAGCCCGAUCACUGCGCUGCAGACCGUGCACCCGACUCAGGCAGGUGCCAAUGAACGCACAUGCAACAACGCAGCGAAGCAAAAAGCCGCUGCUGGAGCCACCGCGAUGGUUCAUAUCGCUGCUCGCAAUGGUCAACACUGGAUUCGUCUGAUGCCCAUACGUCCUGAUGCUCUCAUGCGCGAAUUUCGCGAGUAUGAAAGCACCGUAUCACUAUCUGAGCCGCCUGCCGUCGACGAAGCCAUGACAGAGAAUUCUAUCGUACGCUUAGCGCAUGAGUUGAAACACGCAGCGGCUCAAACCUCUUCCAUGAAGCCUACGCUGGAAAUUAUUUUGACUCGCAUCACGCUCAGUGAUUCCGGAAGCCUCUUUGAUGCAUGCCCUGCGCCUGAGAGUGUCUCAUACUGGACCUGUCCUGAAACGGUGAGGAUGCAGCGUCGCCUUCAAGGCAUAGCAGAUUAUGCGGCUUCUUUGGGCGUGCGCAUCACGUUUGGUGCUCAUGAACCCAUGCCGCUUCACAUACCCAUUCCACGACCUCCAUCUACAUCGGGAGAUGCCCCGCCGCCCACGCAAUGCAUCAACUUGGACGUCAGCGCUAUGGUCGCGAUAUGCAGCGAUCUGUCUCACGGAUUCCCUGUACAUGUAGAAACGCAUUCGAAUCGUGCCCUAUCUGCUCAAGUUUCGCAUGAACGAAGCAGCUCCCUUCUUCAGGUUCUCAAAGAUGCACUUGGCCACGCCCCGACGCAACUUGUUGCAACGCAAGAGGCCAUCGAUAAAUUCGCUUCUAUUGUCGAUCGUGUCGCUUCGAGUCGUGAGUAUGAGCGUGCGCGCUGGCUGCUCGGCUCGCGCCGAGCGCCAUGCGUCGACGAGGCUUGGGCGCGUCUUUUUCCGCAGUCCGUGCAGGUGAUCGAUGACCUGUUCAAGGCAAGCGUUACGUGGUCAGAUACCUCAUACACGUGUCAUUUGGAGCAAGCACUAGAUCGUUUGAAGGUGCGACGUGCACGCCCAAAAAGCCUCAGUGCUUCGCCUCACACGGUACACACACUGCAGAUGGGCCUCAAGAAACGCAUCACUACGCUCCUUGCUCAUUCGCAUGGCGUGCAAGAGCUUCUAGAAGAGGCAGGACCCAUUACUGGGUCAACCCUGUCACAUGCAGUGAUCUGGCUAAUACAACCGCGUUCAUUCACAUCGUCUGCGCCCUCCUCUGUCUCACCAAGGCGUUCGAGCUCGUCCUCUGCCGAAUUGAUAACAUCAGGGAAAGUUGGGCCCAGCAACUCACCCCCCUUGAUAUCUCGACCGUCUGCAUCGACAGUGUCCCCAUUGCCAUUUCCAUUGACAGCACGACGGCCCGCAUGGAACGCAUGGUUGAAAGUGUGGCAAUGGAUGCAAGGCCCAAAAAUGCCCAAGCAGCACAUCAUCAAACAUUAUCCGUGGUGGCCAUGGCAGCACUUGGAAGCGGCCUGGCUUCGAUGGACUGCGCCACUCGCAUGGAAACCACCCGCAUCAAGUGACUUGCCACUCUGGGGCAGCGAAGAAGCGCCUUCCAUCGAGCUUGAGCCAACCAACCACAUGCACACGAUACCCACACCACCUCCAGCUAAACAAGGCGGCACCCCUGGGCAGCGCUGGUGGGCCAAGAUUGAGUGCGAUUGGCAAAGAAACUGGCUUCAUUGGAUCAUAUUAUGUGCGGUGUGUAUCGGCUGGCUCUUUUGUUUCUCUGUGAUGGUGCAUUACACAUGGUUCUCAGCCCGUAUCCUAACGAACGAGGGUUGGCGAACGCCAUCACCUUUUACAUGUACAACGACCUUGUGGGGUCGAAAUGAUGAAUGUGGAUUAGACGGAAGCUCUUGCGCGCCUUUUUCCGAUUCUACCAUGACGUUCCAGUGUCCAAGUGGAUGCGCAAAAACAACGCUGCUGAACCCACGCACUGUUGGAGACCAAGCGUACAACUAUGUGCCCCUGGUCGUCGGCGGCAGCAAUUCUACACCCUACCGCGCGGACUCGUUCAUAUGUGCGGCCGCACAGCACGCAGGAGUAAUUGGCCGUCGUGGUGGAUGCGGUAUCGUACGGCAGAUGGGAUCAUUUACGCACUUUGACAACAGUUCACAGAAUGGCAUUGAUUCGGUUCCUUUUCCCUCCGUGUUCCCAUCGUCAUUUCUAUUUUUGCAUCCGCAAGACUCGCAGCAUUGCACGGACGAGCGCUGGCGCUUGUAUAUUAUAAAUGUGGUGUUUCUGGCUGUCUUGACUUUCGUCGUAAGACCCAUGCCACUCUUUCUUUUCUGGACCAUGUCGUGUGUCGGCUUCUGGCACGUGAACUUGGUAUCGGAGCUGCGAAGUAUGCCGCCGCCGGUGGGCGCAGCCGCUGGCGACUUUGGACCUCAUCUCUUCGUCUGCUUUGUCAUUUGGCACUGCGCGCUAAAGCACGUAUGGGGAGCGUUUCAGCACGUGCCUCUGGAGUUUGGCAUUGGAUGGCUCGGACUGUGGUGGAUCGGUGUGCUGCUGGACGUCGUGUUUGCAGACGUCCCUCUCCAGCGGCUAACGGUGCACGACAUAUCGCAGCAGCCAGGCGCAUUGUCAUCGCUGGUUAUCGUGGUGAUUGUCGUGGUGAUUUUAGCGUUCAAUCAGGUGCGCGUCAUCCGCAGUGUGGGCCUGCUCCCGAAGUUCUUGACGCUGUAUAUUAUUGCAUGUGUCGUUCUAGGUCUUUGUGCAGCUGUGCCAGGCGAAGUCGUUCGAAUCCACCAUUAUGUGAUUGGCCUUGCUCUUUUGCCAGCCUGUGGCUUUCCCACACGCAUAUCGAUGCUCUGUUGUGCGAUCCUCUUUGGCAUGUAUAUUAAUGGCGUCGCCCGGUGGGGCUUCGAUGGCCUUUUACAAGACGAGGGCGUUGUUCGCGGUGAUGCUGUGGGAGACUCUGCUAUUCCACACUUUUCGAUGAAUCGGACGUUCACAGACCAAAUGAUUCGCUGGGCGCCCAUUCCCACGGCUGAACAAAAUGUUUGGUCCAGCUUCUCGUUGCUUGUGGAUGAUGUUCUGCGUUACAAGGGUCCAGCCACAUCGUUCAAUCUCUCGUCGAUUUUAAAUCAUGACAUUUUCGAGAAUUCUAAUCUUUUGAGUCAAUCGCAAAUUCAUCAAAGCUUAGAGUCUGGCAAACAUUUUCUCCGUCUUGCCUAUUCUUCUGCCACCGACACAGGCGACUUUACGAAAGCCGCCAUCGCAUGGUUCAACGGCACUUUUAUCAAGCCACCAGCAGGCCGAACGUAA